UUCCGCGUUUCUCAAAACGAAACUCAUUUCUCUCUUUCAUAUUUUCUCGUGCUGCCCGCCCGGUUUAACUGGAACGAAUCAAUCCUGCCCGCCCCCCUGCAAAAUCGGAUAGUUCCCACUUCCCACCACCACCAAAGGCUGACCGCUGUAAAAAAAGACGAAAUGGGAGCUCCAGAAAAGAUCUGCACCGCCAUGGAACUCGCCGACCACGAAGCUAGAGACAAUGGCUGCUGCGGCUCCGAUGAGAUUCCUUCUUCUUCGUGCACUGUCGACCCCCAACUCACCGUCGCCGAUGCCUCUCCGCGCGUCAUCGGAUUGUGCAAGGAUUUAUUUAAGAAAUGGUCAGAAUUGGAUGAAUCUUGCUUCACAGUUGAGAGAGUUUCCGGCGGUAUAACCAAUCUGUUGCUGAAGGUGUCUGUAAAGGAAGUAAAUGGAGAAGAGAGUGCUAUAACAGUCAGAUUGUAUGGCCCGAACACCGAUUAUGUCAUCAACCGUGAGCGCGAGUUGCAGGCUAUUAAAUACCUAUCAGCUGCGGGAUUUGGUGCCAAAUUGCUAGGAGUAUUUGGGAAUGGGAUGGUGCAGUCCUUCAUCAACGCACGUACGCUAACUCCAGCAGACAUGAGGGUGCCAAAGUUAGCUGCUGAAAUUGCGAAGGAACUCCGCAGGUUCCAUGCUGUGGAAAUUCCAGGCUCUAAGGAACCUCAGUUAUGGAAUGAGAUAUUCAAGUUCUAUGAAAGUGCCUCGGGUCUGCAAUUUGAUGAUGCCGAGAAACAAAGAAAGUAUAACACAAUCUCUUUUAAAGAAGUUUAUGGUGAAAUCAUUGAAAUCAAGGAAUUGACAGGCCGUUUAAAUUCUCCAGUGGUUUUCGCUCACAAUGACUUGCUUUCUGGGAACCUGAUGGUUAAUGAUGAUGAAGAGAAGCUCUACUUGAUAGAUUUUGAGUACGGAUCAUACAGUUACAGAGGCUUCGACAUCGGGAAUCACUUCAAUGAGUAUGCAGGAUAUGAUUGCGACUACUCAUUGUACCCUAGUAAAGAAGAACAGGAUCUUUUCUUCAGCCAUUACUUACAACCUGAUAAGCCAGAUGAGGUAUCGUCAAAGGAGCUCGAAGUGCUUUACAUAGAGUCAAACACCUUCAUGCUGGCUUCACACUUAUUCUGGGCCCUGUGGGCGCUAAUACAGGCGAAGAUGUCUCCCAUCGAUUUCGAUUACCUAGGCUACUUCUUCCUGCGUUACAAUGAGUACAGAUCGAAGAAGGAAGCGAACUGUUCGUUGGCCCGAUCUUACCUCUCAGGAUUGCACAAAUCCUAGUUUCUUGUUUCGUCAGUAUUUCGCCUUGUACUCUCACAAGAAUGCUAGUUAGGGAGGGAAGUAUGGUCUGCUUGCUUCCGCCGUUGGAUUGUUGUUUGUGAAAUAUUGAUUUUGUUAGCAGUCAAAGGAAGAAGAUAAUACCCAGGACAAGCACAACUGGAACGUGAAAGGCAAGACAGUUUCUUAAUGUUGUUGUGUUCAAAGUUUGAUUGCCUCCCCUCUGCUGCAGCAAUGCUCUGAACUCUGUUUUUAUUUUUUAUAUAAAUAAUAAUAAUAGCUCUGUAUUUUAUCUUCCCUUUGAGCAACAAACGAGCAAAAUGAAGCGGUUGAACCAAAAAACAAAAAAAAAAAAAAUGGUUGAAUUAAUUUUAUAAUGAUCUGUUAAAAGUUUUCUUAUUUAUCUUAUAAAGAUAUAAGAUAGUA